AUGUCUUCCAUUAACACGAUGCUGACACCUUCAUCUGAAGGCUACGAGGCGGCUCGCAAUGGCUAUUUUACUGAGCGCGUUCCAGAUAUCAGACCAGCUGAGAUCCACACGCCCUUUACGACCGCCGAUGUCCAGGCAAUCAUGACCGAUGCCAAGAGUCGCGGUCUCAAGGUUGGAGUCCGUUCGGGUGGACAUAUCUUCACAUGCGCAUCGCUUGUCGAGGGUGGUAUCCUUAUCGACACAAAGAAACUUAAUAAAAGUGUAGAAUACGACAGCAGAACUACAAUUGCUUCGUUCAGCCCGGGACAUACGGUCAAAGAGCUGGCAACCGAAUUUGCUGCUAUUAAACGUUUCUUCCCCUGGGGCCACAGUUCCGGCGUUGGCGUUGGGGGGUUCUUACUUGCGGGUGGCCAGGGGUGCUUUGUGCGUGGAUGGGGCUACACCAGUGCUACGUGGGUAACGCAGCUCGAGGUGGUGACAGCAGGUGGGGAUGUGGUUUUGUGCAGCAAGACUCAAAACCCUGACCUGUUCUGGGCUGCACCAGGCAGUGGAAGAGGUUUCUUCGGAGUGGUUACAAGAAUCUGGGCCAAAACAAUUCCGGCACGAAGGCUGUUCGACAUGACGAUUAUUGUUGACUCCACAGAGAUUUUCAAGCCAUUGCUCAAAUGGGUUUUGCAGACUUCAGAAAAGGUUCCAAAAUACGGAGUGGAUCUGUUCUUCCUUACCUUUCGGUCUGACAUGGAGAAGCCCGGCGAUGGCGAGGAAUCCGAUCAAAAGCGGAUUAUGUUCGUUAUAAACGAGACUAUAUACGCUGACUCGCUGGAGGAAGCCAAAGUCCUUGCAAGCCCGUGGGAUGAGCUUCCGGAAGCUUUUGCUAAAUUCCAGGUGCAGCGGGUUCCCAUGGCAGAGCGGAGCUGGCCGGAACUGUGGGGUUUACAGGAGAAGUUCCAGCCUGAGGGCGCUCGCUGGAACGUGGAUAGUAUCAUGACGGAUCCGAAAGCGAGUUUGGAUGAGCUCGUGGAUGGUAUUACGCCGGCAUUGUACGAACUACCCACACGGCGGUCGACGGGCACAGUCUGCCCCCUCGAAUACUAUCCGGACGAAGCGGAUCAAGCACUUAGUCUACCGCAGAAGUGCUAUGUAUCGUCAAUGACCUGCUGGGAAGAUGCAGCAAGAGACAAGGUCAAUGAUAAAUGGGUGCGCCGCGUGUACGAACAGGCAGCCAAGGUCAGCUGCGGCAUCUAUGCGGCCGACAUCAAUCCGAAGCACCGGCAAGCCAAGGUCAUGACAGAUUCAGCACUAUCCAAAUGGAUGCGAAUUCGGGCGGAAUGGGAUCCCCAUGAGACCUUCGUUGGCUACAAGGCCUUCUUCGAGCAGGAAGAAGCCACGGGACCAUAA